AUGCUCCGGGCGCCGCCGCCUAUCUCAUACGGCAUCUCGCUGAACAGUCGCCUGCUGCUCAUCACCGGCGCGCUGCUCUUCGUUCUCGGCGGCACCUUCGCGGUCACCGGCGUCGCGAUGGACGACGAACUAAAGUGGUGCGCCGGCCUCGGAAUCAUGGUUCUCGGAGUGACCGUCUACACGCUCAUCAUCAUGUUCGCCGAAGUGACCGGACCGCCGAGCGGGACUGACCUCUCGGAAUUGAAGACUGUGCUCAAGGUAAAACCGGCCAGUUUUCACCCCAACCGAAUGUCUCGCAUCGUGCUCUUCUUGGCCGGCGUUCUCUUCUCUUCGGGAAGCACGAUGGUGGUCUCGGGAUUCAAACUCUCCGUGCCCUACCUCUGGAUCCCCGGGUACUCCAUGUCGGUCAUCGCGUUUGUGGUCUACACGGCCGUUGUGCUCUAUGGCCCCUUAACCAUCACCCCUGGAGCCAUCAUCGUAGCCUUCCCGCACGACACGCCGCCGAAACCAGAAAUAUCUCAGGUUUCAACUCGAUGGAAAGAAAAGACGUGGAACAGGAGCAGUGGGCUUGAUGACUACCGUGGUUUCUUGGGAUUCCAGAAGUACGCAAACCGUCCCAGAGGCUCCACGCCCCAGGAUCCCUAG